AUUAAUUACUCCCGCUAAAUUCACUCUUCUCUCCCGCAAAAGCCGAUAUCGCCGGUGAACCUUUGCUUUCCCGGUAAACCGGAGAGAGAAAGAGAAAGUGAAACAAUGAGACAAAUAGAGGAAGAAGUAAAUCUACGUUUCUCUCUCCUCCCGCCCUCCAUCAUUUUCUACUUCUCCGAAAUUUUCCAUCACCGGGAAAAAAAAGUUAACCGGAACCGAAGAUGAGCGUCAUCGACAUUAUCUUCAGAGUCGACUCGAUAUGUAAGAAGUACGAAAAGUACGAUGUCGAGAAGCAUUCUGCUAAUGAUUCCACCAACGAUGCCUUCGCUCGCCUUUAUUCGUCCUUCGAAUCUCAAAUUGACUCUACUUCCCAGAAAGCAGAGAUGGCUGCUAUGGAAACGAACAGAGCUAAAGCGGUAGCUAUGAAGGCGGAGGUACGACGAACGAAGGCGCAUUUAAUGGAUGAAAUCAAAAAAUUGCAAAAGCUUGCUCGGAAAAAGGUUAAAGGACUAUCCCAAGAGGAACUGGAGACUCGUGGUGAUUUGGUACUUAUGCUAUCAGAGAGAAUUCAGGCAAUACCUGAUGGAAGUGCAGAUGCAUCCAAAAAUACAGGAGGUCGCGGGACUUCAUCAUUCAACAAAAAUAUAAAAUUCGACUCAGAGGGACAGUUCGACGAUGGUUUCUAUGAGCAAACUGAAGAGGGCACUCAUUUUAGAUCAGAGUACGAGAUGCGGAAAAUGAAACAGGAUGAAGGAUUAGAUGUUAUUUCAGAAGGUCUGGACACACUGAAGAAUUUGGCUUGUGAUAUGAAUGAGGAAUUGGAUAGGCAAGUUCCUUUGAUUGACGAAAUUGAUACAAAGGUCGAUAAGGCAACCACUGACAUCAAAAACAAUAAUGUCAGACUCAAGGAUAACAUUAACAAGAUAAGGUCCAGCAAAAACUUCUUUAUCGAUAUAAUACUUAUCUGUAUCCUUCUGGGAAUUAUGGCCUAUCUUUACAAUGUACUGAAGUAAAGUACAAGGAGCUCGAACUUCAUUUGAUCCUGAUUGAUCUCCCGCGGUCAGGUGUAAGAUUCAUCUAUACUCCCCACACUUGCUAAUUCUAUACUCUACUAGACUCUGGAAAUCCUAGAAUUCACAGUUAAGUUUGUAUAUUUUGGCUACUUCACCUUGUUAUUGUCUUCUUAAUAUAAGAGAGUCUAUUUAUAGAAGCCUCUAAUUAGUGACUGUUUUCUAUAUUCUUACACCCCUCUCCUCAAUAUCACAUGAACUAAGAAGCUUGUGUAGAAAUGAAUCAAUUUUAUCUAGCAGUCAAUUGUUUUUACCAUAAACUUAAAGUAAGAAAGAAAAUUGAACAGAAUCCAAUCCAUUCACAGAGAGUGUUUGUUUUCUGGUGGGAGGGAGAGGGGGAGCAUAACAGCAGGGCUGGAGGCACAGUUUUAGCUACGGAUUCGGGGGGAAACUAGCUAGUAGUUUUGGCUUAAAUUCUAUAUUUGUGGUAAAAAAUUCAUUUGAUAUGUAUAAAUAAUCUAUUCACAGGACCGGUAUGCAAAAAUGAUUAUGAUUUAGAAUGCAUAAAUUAAACAUUCUGGAUCCGCUUCUAUUUAUCAGAAAUUUGUAUUUGUUUUCA